AUGACGCCUGACAAAGAGCCUGAGCCCACACCUCACAGCCGGACUUUUAUCGCGUUUCUAUGGCUGGAACUACUUCUUUUCCCGUUUAUAUUUGUUAUUAUACUUAUAGUUUUAAUUGCCUUUACCAAUGAAUAUUUUAAAGGAGUCAAGAGCACGCCUGACGUUCUUCAUCCUCCCUAUAGCCCAUAUGUCUGGACAAGUGCUGUCGCACCUAUUGCCAUCUCCAGCCUCGGCCUAACGUGGGCAAUUUUAUCCUGGUGGCACCAAUUCACAGUCUUAAAACAUAACAAACACUGGUGGACCGCAACAACAGUCUUCCGACUAUGCGUGAUGGCAAUCCUAGUCGUCACUGCUAUCCUAACCGCCCAAUUCCUACCACUACCACUAGGAUCAUGCGAGAAUCAGCGCAAAUGGAGACCCGAAGCGAACGUUGACCCGCUCACGCCGACGCUCUUCGAACUCCUCCCGAAGGGCUGGUGGUGGAGCAAAAAGUCCCAUCGGUACUUCUAUACGGACAACUGCCAUCGGCUGGUGAAUAUUUGGAAAUUGGACAUUGCGGUGGCUGCUUUGUACUUUGUUACUGCUUGUUGCUCUGGGUACAUAUCGGCGGCCAUUGCUAGCUGGAUCCAAGCUACUAGAUUCUAUGUCUUUAUCAGGGCAGUUGAGGAAGGAGCAACCCUACCCUGGAGUUCCUUCCUCUUAAACGACAGAGCGCUCCCAACCCUCCUUCUUCUCCUAGCAACCACGUUCUGGUGUACCGCUCAUUUCUUACGCACCGUAGACAAAGUCCUCUGCUACAUCAGCAUCCGGGAUGGGAUUACAGAAACCAGCACCCCGGCCACUCCGGGAUUAGACUUCGUUGGACUGGCGAUCUGGGGUACCCUCGGGUCUAUCACCAUUCUCGUCUACUGGGCUGUGAUUCUGCUGUUUUGCUUCCGUUGGACGAAACUGCACAGCAAAAGCGAUAAGAAUGCGCAAUUACAGCCUCAUGAAUUACCCGUGGAUUCCGAAUCUCGGGGGCCAACUUACCAUGAGAUGGACGAUCAGCCAUGUAUUGCGGAAUUGCCUGGUGAUUAUAAUCAGUUGUACGAGGCGGAUAAUAUCCAGGUUUUCGAGGCCGACUCGCCCAAGGAUAAGCCGGCUAAUGAGCAGCAUUCUGCUUUGGGACAAAAACAUACAUCAUAG